CACAUCAGUGCAAUGAAAGUGCUUGUGGCAAAGAUAACAGCAAGUAUUUUUUUUAUAACUAACCCAUUGUUCUAUCAGUGUAACAGUGUGCAACAGUUUUUAUAUAACCUUUACUAUAAUAUGAACAUUUAUAAUGCACAGUUGAUGGAAACUCUCAAGUUUGUUUUCCGCACUUCCUUUUGUUUUCAUACUGCUUCUGUAUUCAGGUCCAGCUGCAUAACAUAUGAAACAGUUUUUCAACUCAUCUUGACAUGAGUUAUGUAAAUCUGUAUUCAGGCAAUAGGUUUCUCCCUUGUUAUUUUAAAGCAACAAAGCUUAGUUCAUAAUUCAAAGGAGUGUACAUGUUGUUCUUUGAUGACGUAAAUAAGAUGCGACAAAUUCUUUCGCACAUCUGUCACAGAGUUUCUAAACCCAGAGGUGCAACAUCACAAAACUUCCGGAAACGCUUGUGAAGCAGACCAGGUCGGGAUUUGAUUAGUAAAUGAGAGAAGUUAACAUUUCGUCCUUGGUUAAUUUUAUCGAAAUCUAAAGGAACAAACUAGAUUCGACCGUUAAACCCGAUUAUGUGUUUCUGAGCAUGAGUUUAGCUCGCCAAUGUCGCCAUGGCAUCGCCCACAAGCGUAAUCGAGGAUGUAUAUUGGAGUAGCAGUUUCUAAUUAUCUUCAUACUGUACUGUCUUUGCUUCUGUGCGGGUUGGUGCUAUCACGAAUCAUUGGGACGUCCCUACCAUAGAAAUAUGAAUGAAUAGAACGGGAUUGGAAGCUCUAACCCUGGCAAUUGAAUUAGCUGAUUUGUUGAUAUAUUAUGACUAAGUACGUUUGUUUUCAGAAUUGAACAAAUAAGAAGUAUGCCUGUCUUUUAUUUCAAUAUUCUACCAAUCCACAAGGAUUUAUAAAACCCUAUUUUUAAUAGCAUUUAUUGCCAUCAAUAAUUAGUCAAAUAUUGUACCUGAUUUUGACCCUGAAAAUAUGACUUACAUUUUCUCUUAAAGCUUUUCAGCAAUUAACAUAAUGUGUGCAGUAAGAAUGAUGAAUGAUGGAGGCCACUGUGUUCUUGGGGACUUUCAAUGCUGCAGAAAUAUUUUUGGUACCCUUCCCCAGGUCUGUGCCUCAACACGAUCCUGUCUCGGCGAUCUACUGACAGUUACUUCGAACUCAUGGCUCGGUUUUAGCUCUGACUUUCACUGUCAACUGUGGGACCUUAUAUAGACAGGUGUGUGCCUUUCCAAAUCAUGUCCAGUCAAUUGAAUUUACCACAGGUGGACUCCAAUCCAGUUUAAGAAACAUCUCAAGGAUGAUUAAUUGAAACAGGAUGCACCUGAGCUCAAUUUCGAGUCUUAUUGCGAAGGGUCUGAAUACUUCAGUAAAUAAGGUAAUUCUGUUUUUAUUUGUAAUACAUUUGCAAACAUUUCGAAGAACCUAUUCACUUUGUCAUUAUAAGGUAUUGUGUGUAAAUUGAUUCGGGGAAAAAAUAUUUAAAACAUUUUAAAAUACGGCUGUAAAGUAACAAAACAUGUGGAAAAAGGAAGGGGUCUGAAUACUUUCCGAAUGCACUGUAUCUAGUGUAAAAUCAGAUGAUGGAAGAGAGCAAGGUACACCCUUUGUUUUUAUCGAUGGUCUAACUCCUACCUUAACAGAGCCGAAAAUUAGGCAAUAUGCUUAUUUCUAGCACUUAAAUGGUUUAGGGACCGUCUAAAAGUCCGAUAUCUGUGAUUACAUGUCAGCAAAAAUAUAUAUGUUUUUGCAUUCCCAUUCAUGAGGGUUAGCCCUAUAUGAAGAUUACACACUGUAUAGUGCUUCCAGUCACUAAAGGCCCCAACAUUUUCUUUUUUUACUAAGGGUGCAAUAUUUGACCCAUUUCAAACCAAAUUUUAUUUGUCAUAUGUGCCGAAUACAACAGGUGUAGUAGACCUUACCAUGAAAUACUUACUUACAAGCCCUUAACCAACAAUGCAGGUCAAGAAAUAGUUAGAAAAAUAUUUUCUAAAUAAACUAAAGUAAAAAAUAAAAUGAAAGUAACACAAUAAAAUAAUAAUAACGAUGCUAUAUACAGGGGGUACCGGUACUGAGUCAAUGUGUGGAGGUACAUGUUAGUCGAGGUAAUUUGUACAUGUAGGUAGGGGUAAAGUGACUAUGCAUAGAUAAACAGCGAGUAGCAGUAGUGUAAAAACAAAGGGUGGUGGGGGGGUCAAAUGGCCACCUGGAUUAACUGUUCAGCAGUCUUAUGACUUGGGGGUAGAAGCUGUUAAGAAGCCUUUUGGAUGUGUCGUGCAGUAGCAGAGAGAACAGUCUAUGAUGCGGGUGACUGGAGUCUUUCACAAUUUUUCGGGUCUUCCUCUGACACCACCUAGUAUAUAGGUCCUGGAUGGCAGGAAGCUUGGCCCCAGUGAUGUACUGGGCCAUAUGCACAACCCUCUGUAGCACCUUACGGUCAGAUGCCAAGCAGUUGCCAUACCAUGCGGUGACGCAACCGCUUAGGAUGCUCUCGAUGGUGCAGCUGUAGAACUUUUUGAGGAUCUGGGGACUCAUGCCAAAUCUUUUCAGUGUCCUGAGGGGGAAAGGGUGUUGUUGUGCCCUCUUCACGAUUGUCUUGGUAUGUUUGAGCCAUGAUAGUUUGUUGGUUAUAUGGACACCAAGGAACUUGAAGCUCUCGACCUGCUCCACUACAGCCCCAUCGAUGUGAAUGGGGGCGUGUUCGGCCCUCCUUUUCCUGUAGUCCACGAUCAGCACCUUUGUAUUGCUCACGUUGAGGGAGAGGUUGUUGUCCUGGCACCACACGGACAGGUCUCUGACAUCCUCCCUAUAGGCUGUCUCAUCGUUGUUGGUGAUCAGACCUACCACUGUUGUGUCAUCAGCAAACUUAAUGAUGUUGUUGGGAGUCAUGCUUGGCCACGCAGUCGUGGGUGAACAGGGAGUACAGGAGGGGACUAAGCACGCACCGCUGAGGGGCCUCUGUGUUGAGGAUCAGCAUGGCAGAUGUGUUGUUACCUAUCCUUACUAACUGGGGGCGGCCCGUCAGGAAUUCCAGGAUCCAGUUGCAGAGGGAGGUGUUUAGUCCCAGGGUACUUAGCUUAGUGAUGAGCUUUGUGGGCACUAUGGUGUUGAACGCUGAGCUGUAGUCAAUGAACAGCAUUCUUACAUAGGUGUUCCUUUUGUCCAGUUAGGAAAGGGCAGUGUGGAGUGCGUAAUCUGUGGAUCUGUUGGUGCAGUAUGCGAAUUGGAGUGGGUCUAGGUUUUCCGGGAUGAUGGUGUUGAUGUGAGCCAAGACCAGCCUUUCAAAGCACUUCAUGGAUACCGAUGUGAGUGCUACGGGGUGGUAGUCAUUUAGGCAGGUUACAUUCACUUUCUUGGGCACAGGAACUAUGGUGGUCUGCUUGAAAUAUGUAUGUAUUACAGAUUCGGUCAGGGAGAGGUUGAAAAUGUCAGUGAAGACACUUGCUAGUUGGUACACGCAUGCUCUGAGUACUCGUCCUGGUAAUCCGUCUGACCCCGCGGCCUUGUGAAUGUUGACCUGUUUAAAGGUCUUGCUCACAUCGGCUAAGGAGAGCGUGAUCAUACAGUCGUCCGGAACAGCUGGCACCCGCCAAACCCGGAUUCGUCUGUCGAACUGACAGAUGGUGAAGCGCGAUUCAUCACUCCAGAGAACGCGUUUCCACUGCUCCAGAGUCUAAUGACGGUGAGCUUUACACCACUUCAGCUGAAUUUUGGCAUUGUGCAUUGUGAUCUUAGGCUUGUGUGUGGCUGCUCGGCCAUUGAAACCCAUUUCAUGAUGCUCCCGGCGAACAGUACUUGUGCUGACGUUGCUUCCAGAGGCAGUUUGGAACUCGGUGGUGAGUGUUGCAACCGAGGACAGACGAUUUGUAUGCGCUACGAGCUUCAGCACUCAGCUGUCUUGUACUGGGAGCUUGUGUGGCCUACCACUUCACGGCUGAGCCGUUGUUGCUCCUAGACGUUUCCACUUCACAGUAACAGCACCUACAGUUGACCGGGGCAGAAAUUUGACGAACUGGCUUGUUGAAAAGGUGGCAUCCAAUGACGGUGCCACGUUGGAAGUCAUUGCGUUCUUCAGUAUGGGCCAUUCUACUGCCAAUGUUUGUCUAUGGAGAUUGCAUUGACAGUGUGCUCGAUUUUAUACACCUGUCAGCAACGGGUGUGGCUGAAAUAGCCGGAUCCACUAAUUUGAAAGGGUGUUUACAUACUUUGUAUAUAUAAGUCCAUACCUUUGGCCAAUUUGCAAACAAGUUCCACCUACAUUUUGCUAUUGGAACAUCACUGUCAUAAAAAGCUUCUCUAAUUAAUGAAUUAUUAAUGUUUUUAUCAGUAAUUGAGGCACUUAACUACUAUGGUUGAAUUUACAAGUGAUGGAUCGGUAUUGACCACAGUUGGUUUCUAAAGGGUUAGAACACCAUCUGGUAUUGCUUUACACAUCAUUUCAUUUUCCUUUGGUGAGACAGGGAGCUCAAACAUUGAGCAGCUGGCCCACAAGUAAAAUGUCCUUCCUAAACCAAUGUUCUAAAAACAGUGACUUGUUUUUCUAUUUUAUGACAAGAUUAUUUCAUAUAACAUAUGUAUGAGGGGAAAAUUUGUUUGUAUAGAAUGGACAAACAAUUAAGCAUUUGUUUGUGGAAAUUAGCCAGUUUAACAGGAAGUUUUUCAACUAGAAAAGGAAACUGGUAUUGUAAAUCAAAAGCUGUUUGGAUCCUUAAAGUAAUGAUUUAUCCAAUAGACCAUUUUUCAGUACACGACACACUGACGUCACUCAUAGAUGCGAGCGUCUCUUGGUGGCAGUAAGAAAGCUAUCGCCAUCUGCGCCGUUCAACAUAACUUAGAUCUAGGCUUUUAUUUAUUCAAAAUAAAAUACAUUUUUGGGGUUCUCACUUACAAUGCUGUUUUGAUUCUUGCUUGAACAGUCACUAAGAUUGUAUUUGGUUGUGAUCUUUGCAAAAUAACUAUUUUGGAUGCAGCAGUGGUUAGCUAUAAUGCUAACACUCAUUGAUACAGGCUGUAGUAAAAGCUAGCCAAAUAGCCAUUUUACUGGUUGAAGUUGAAGUGUUUUUUAAGUACAAUGCAGUUGAUUUGUGAUGAUGACACAAACAUUAUAUUAAACAGGACAUCGGUCCUAUUAGCCAAUGUACAAUUGUUGGAUAAUAAAAUAGACGAGCUACGAGCACGUAUAUCCUACCAACAGGACAUUAAAAACUGUAAUAUCUUGUGUUUCACCGAGUCGUGGCUGAACGACGACAUGAAUAACAUACAGCUGGCAGGUUUUAAGCUUUUUCGGCAGGAUAGAACAGUGGCCUCUGGUAAGACAAGGGGUGGUGGUCUAUGUGUGUUUGUAAAAAACAGCUGGUGCACGAAAUCUAAGGAAGUCUCAAGGUUUUGCUCGUCUGAGUUAGAGUAGUAUCUCAUGAUAUGCUGUAGACCACACUAUUUACCAAGAGAGUUUUCAUCUAUCGUCUUCGUAGCUGUCUGUUUACCACCACAAACUGAUGCUGGCACUAAGACCGCACUCAGUGAGCUGUAUACGGCCAUAAGCAAACAGGAAAACGCUCAUCCAGAGGCGGCGCUCCUAGUGGCCGGGGACUUUAAUGCAGGGAAACUGAAAUCAGUUUUACCUAAUUUCUACAGACAUGUUAAAUGUGCAACCAGAGGGGAAAAACUCUAGACCACUUUUAUUCCACACACAGAGACGCGUACAAUGCCCUCCCUCGCCCUCCAUUUGGCAUAAUUCUAUCCUCCUGAUUCCUGCUUACAAGCAAAAACUAAAGCAGGAAGCACCAGUGACUUGGUCAAUAAGAAAGUGGUCAGAUGAAGCAGAUGCUAAGCUACAGGACUGUUUUGCUAGCACAGCCUGGACUAUGUUCCAGGAUUCUUCCGAUGGCAUGGAGGAGUGCACCAGAUCAGUCACUGGCUUUAUCAAUAAGUGCAUCGACAAUGUUGUUCCCACAGUGACCGUACGUACGUACAUACCCCAACCAGAAGCCAUGGAUUACAGGCAACAUCCGCACUGAGCUAAAGGGUAGAGCUGGCGCUUUCAAGGAGAAGGACUCUAACCAGGGAGCAUAUAAGAAAUCCCGCCAUGCCCUCCGAUGAACCAUCAAACAGGAAAAGCGUCAAUACAGGAUUAUGAUUGAAUUGUACUACACCGACUCCAAUGCUCUUUGGAUGUGACAGGGCUUGCAAACUAUUACAGACAACAAAGGGAAGCACAGACGUGAGCUGCCCAGUGACACGAGCCUAACAGACGCUUCGAGGCAAGUAACAAUGAAACAUUGUUGUUCUGGACAAUUGUGUGAUCACGCUCUCCAGAGCCGAUGUGAGUAAGACCCUUAAACAGUUCAACAUUCACAAGGCCACAGGGCCAGACAGAUUACCGGCAAGAAAAUGGCCUUGCCGAAAUCACCCCCCCCCCCACCCCUUCUAAUUUUCUUAAUUUUGUGGCUAGAGUCAAAUACUUUCUGUGGCACACAUCAGAGUCAAAUACUUUCAACAGAACAAACUUCACAUCAGGAUAGGCAACCAAAAUUAAUAAUUCAUAUAUGUGUGUUAUAUUAAACAUAGAGGAGGGAGUAACAUUUAGGCAAGCAAUAAACAUUUCAGAACAACUACUAGUCGAAUAAGACAUGGGAGAGAUGACGAAUUUUGUCAAAGAGAUUUAUUUAUAGACUAAUACACUGUGUUUACACACAAGUGUUUACACUUCCUCCAGGCUGCAAGAGUGCUCUAGCAGGGGAGAUGUGGCAUUUUCUAUAAACGUGAGGAUGGUUCUUCUAGCCCACAAACUUGGACUUGGUUAUGCAGCUCUGAAGAAAAUAAGCAAAGUCCUAGGGAUUUCUUCCUUGCUUCUCAGUGCGUAUUAGAGACAUGACAGGAGAGUGACAGGUAAAUAAAAAGGGAGUGUAGCCCAUUAUUGUCAGGUGACUUGCUGUGUAUAAAUAAUGUUUAUUUCCUUGCUCCAGGAAAUGUAUUUAAAGUGAAUAAACAGAGUGAUAGGAAAACAUAACUAUAGACUGUAACAUAGGCCUACAGUGUCAUAGGGCUGUAGCCUACUGUGAUAAAGUAAAUACUGAUAUGCUAAUAUUUACAUAGGGUAACAUGCUGAUAUUUAGUCCUGCAGUUAUGACUGUAAUGUUGACGUACAUAAGCGCUGUAGUUGCAGAGAUUCAGAGAGGGCUACAGACAAUGGAGAGUGCUGCAAAGCUAAUUAGAAGAGAAUACGCAGAUAUAGAGCCAGACAUAGCAGAGUUGCUGAAGGAGGAUGAGGAUACAGAUAUAGAGCCAGACAUAGCAGAGUUGCUGAAGGAAGAUGAGGAUACAGAUAUAGAGCCAGACAUAGCAGAGUUGCUGAAGGAGGAUGAGGAUACAGAUAUAGAGCCAGACAUAGCAGAGAUGCUGAAGGAGGAGGAGGAUACAGAUAUAGAGCCAGACAUAGCAGAGUUGCUGAAGGAGGAUGAGGAUACAGAUAUAGAGCCAGACAUAGCAGAGUUGCUGAAGGAGGAUGAGGAUACAGAUAUAGAGCCAGACAUAGCAGAGUUGCUGAAGGAGGAUGAGGAUACAGAUAUAGAGCCAGACAUAGCAGAGAUGCUGAAGGAGGAUGAGGAUACAGAUAUAGAGCCAGACAUAGCAGAGUUGCUGAAGGAGGAUGAGGAUACAGAUAUAGAGCCAGACAUAGCAGAGUUGCUGAAGGAGGAUGUGGAUUCCAUCAUAGACAUUCAUGUAUCCUUCGAUGGCACUUGGCACAAGAGAGGAUUCACUUCCAGCUACGGGAUAGGUGUGCAUUGGUGCUGGUACCAGCGAGCCCUAGAAAAUGGUGAGAUCCACCCAGUCACAAAAACCAUGAAGACCAUACAUUUUCUAAUGGAGAGGUUGCAGAGAAAAUGGUACAUUUAUAUCAUAGGAUGUCAAAUGAUAACCUCCUCAAAAUAAUGUAGCACGGAGGAACCCAGAAUGCAAAUGAAAGUCUGAACUCUAGUGGUCGCGAUGCCCCAAAACUGUCUUCGUGGACAAAAGCCGCAUUGAUGCAGCAGCCAGUAUGGCAGUAGCCACAUUCAAUGAGGGAGCCACUGCUAUAUCAAAUGUGAUAGACAAAUUGUGGAUUCACUACUUUGGUGACACUGGAAGCAAUCAGAGAGGAGGAUGCGAGGCGUGUUGUGAGAGCUGAUGCUUCUUUAAUGGAAUGUGCCAAGCGUAGGCGCAGGACCUAUAUUAGGUCUAUAUUGAAUCUCCCAUUCCUCUCAUAAAUGUUUGAAAAAGCUCUUGCGCAGCAACUCACUGCCUUCCUGAAGACAAACAAUGUAUACGAAAUGCUUCAGUCUGGUUUUAGACCCGAUCAUAGCACUGAGACUGCACUCUUGAAGGUGGUAAAUGACCUUUUAAUGGCGUCAGACCAAGGCUCUGCAUCUGUCCUCGUGCCUCUAGACCUUAGUGCUGUUUUUGACACCAUCGAUCACCACAUUCUUUUGGAGAGAUUGGAAACCCAAAUUGGUCAACACGGACAAGUUCUGGCCUGGUUUAGGUUGUAUUUGUCGGAAAGAUAUCAGUUUGUCUCUGUGGAUGGUUUGUUCUCUGACAAAUCAACUGUAAGUUUUGGUGUUCCUCAAGGUUCCGUUUUAAGGACCACUAUUAUUUUUACAAUACAUUUUACCUCUUGGUGAUGUCAUUUGGAAACAUAAUGUUAACUUUCACUGCUAUGCGGACGAUACACAGCUGUACAUUUUGAUGAAACAUGGUGAAGCCCCAAAAUUGCUCUCCCUGGAAGCCUGUGUUUCAGACAUAAGGAAGUGGAUGGCUGCAAAUCUUUAACUUUUUUUCGGACAAACUAAAGAUGCUAGUUCUAGGUCCCAAGAAACAAAGAGAUCUUCUGUUGGAUCUGACAAUUAAUCUUGAUGGUUGUACAGUCGUCUCAAAUAUAACUGUGAAGGAUCUUGGCGUUACUCUGGACUCUGAUCUCUCUUUUGACUAACCACGCAAUACUAUUUCAAGGACAGCUUUUUUCCAUCUUCGUAACAUUGCAAAAAUCAGAAUCUUUCUGUCCAAAAAUUAUGCAGUUAAGUUAAUCCAUGCUUUUGUCACUUCUAGAUUAGACUACUGCAAUGCUCUACUUUCCCGACUACCCGGAAAAUGCACUAAAUAAACUUCAGUUAGUGCUAAACACGGCUGCUGGAAUCUUGACUAGAACCCAAAAAUUGGAUCAUAUUACUCCAGUGCUAGCCUCUUUACACUGGAUUCCUGUUAAGGCUAGGGCUGAUUUCAAGGUUUACUGCUAAGCUGCAAAGCAUUACAUGGGCUUGCACCUACCUAUUUCGAUUUGGUCCUGCCAUACAUACCUACACGUACACUACGGUCACAAGACGCAGGCCUCCUAAUUGUCCCUAGAAUUUCUAAGCAAACUUCUGGAGGCAGGGCGUUCUCCUAUAGAGCUCCAUUUUCAUGGAAUGGUCUGCCUAUCCAUGUGAGAGACGCUGACUCUGUCUCGACCUUUAAGUCUUUAUUGAAGACUCAUCUCUUCAGUAGGUCCUAUGAUUGAGUGUAGUACAGCCCAGGGGUGUAAAGGUGAACGGAAAGGCACUGGAGCGACGAAUGGCCCUUGCUGUCUUUGCCUGGCCGGUUCCCCUCUCUCCAAAGGGAUUCUCUGCCUCUAACCCUAUUACAGGGGCUCAGUCACUGGUUUACUGGUGCUCUUCCAUCUCGUCCCUAGGAGGGGUGCGUCACUUGAGUGUGUUGAGUCACUGACGUGAUCUUCCUGUCCGGGUUUGGCGCCCCCCUUGGGUUCUUCCCGUGGGGGAGAUCUUCGUGGGCUAUACUCAGCCUUGUCUCAGGGUAGUAAGUUGGUGGUUUGAAGAUAUCUCUCUAGUGGUGUGGGGGCUAUGCUAUGGCAAAGUGGGUGGGAUUAUAUCUUGCCUGGUUGGCCCUGUCCGGGGGUAUCGUGGGACGGGGCCACAGUGUAUCCCGACCCCUCAUGUCUCAGCCUCUGGUAUUUAUGCUGCAAUAGUUUGUGUGUCGUGGGGCUAGGGUCAGUCUGUUACAUCUGGAGUAUUUCUCCUCUCUUAUCCGGUGUCCUGUGUGAAUUUAAGUAUGCUCCCUCUAAUUCUCUCUCUCUCCCUCUCCCGGAGGACCUGAUCCCUGGGACCAUGCCUCAAGACUACCUGGCCUGAUGACUCCUUGCUGUCCCCAGUCCACCUGUUUGUGCUGCUGCUCCAGUUUCAACUGUUCUGCCUGCGGCUAUGGAACCCUGACCUAGUUCUCCGGACGUGCUACCUUGUCCCGGACCUGCUGUUUUCGACUCUCUCUCUACCUCACUUGCUGUCUCAACCUAUAAAUGCUCGGCGGUGAAAAGUCAACUGACAUUUACUCCGGAGGUGCUGACCUGUUGCACCCUCUACAUCCACUGAUUAUUAUUAUUAUUAUUUGACCCUGCUGGUCAUCUAUGAAUGUUUGAACAUCUUGGCCAUGUACUGUUGUAAUCUCAACCCGGCACAGCCAGAAGAGGACUGGCCACCCCUCAGAACCUGGUUCCUCUCUAGGUUUCUUCCUAGGUUCCUGCCAUUCUAGUGAGUUUUUCCUAGCCACCGUGCUUCUACAUCUGCAUUAUUUGCUGUUUGGGGUUUUAGGCUGGGUUUCUGUGUAGAACUUUAUGACAUCGGCUGAUGUAAAAAGGGCUUUAUAAAUAAGUUUGAUUGAUUGAUGACACAGUCAAGAAAGUGAAGCGGGACCAGCAACAACUCCAAGGGCCUUACAUAUGUGGCAGGCAUAGCUGAUUAAUGUUCUGCACAUUUCAACAGCCAUACAAAAGCCUUGUAUGUGACAAAUUGAGCAAAGUGAUACGCGAAUUUGCCCAAAACUGCAUAUUUGCCCAACAAAGCAAAUGCUCUUUUGCAUUAAACAAAUGUAUUAAACGUGCUGAUGUAUUUGUAAAUGGCAGUCAUUUGUUUGUUGUUUAUAUUUUUUAUAUCUUGUCUUUUUGAUUUUGGGUGUCAUUUUAUCUGUAAAUAUAUGCAAGAUAUGCAUCUGUCAUACAUGUGAAGUGUUUUUAAAAUAAUUCCAUGAAAUUACAAUAUUUUGAUCAACUGUUCUGUAUAAGUCUUCAAGACAUUCUGCCUUGAAGCAAUGUCUCAUUCGCAUAUUUUAAUUUAAAAUUAAUUUAAUUUAAUACAAAAAUAUAUUGUAUUUAUGUAUACUUUCAACUGGUAAAGUUUCUGUCUGAUGAGAGUAAAGGGAAACAAAUCCCUAUUCGCCUGUGGUGCCUGGCCUUUUAAGCAAGAAUCCCCAAGAAAUGUUCUUUAUAAUCCCCUGUUGAUCAUGGCUUGCUAUAGGUUAAGCUUACAGAGGAGGUUCAACUCCAUAAGGAACUGCCUCUGUUUGGUAUAUCUCCCUCCCUCCUCUAGACCCUAAAUGUCAACAACAAGCAUGUCAUCAAAGCUGAACGCGAUGAGAAGAUCAGGGUCAGUCAGUCACCUGAAGGCCCCACACAACAUCCAGGCAUUCUGCCUGGGACACUUAGAGUUUGUCAGUUCUCUAUUGGCCCCACCAGGACAUCCGCAGUGGCUACUCUCUGGCUCAGGGAGGUCUGCCUUCACUGGCUCUCCCGGUGGACGUCAUGUGGCAGUGCAGUGUGAGAGUUCCCUCAGUGCAGCUGCUUGGGAUGGAUUAAGGGGCAGAGGAGCGGUUAGUGCCCUCCGCAGCUGGAAGUGCAACAGUGAAAGCUUGGAGUUGAAUAGAGAAAACCUACAGCCACAUUGGGAGGCACGUCAGGGAAGUGAUGUCACUGAGUACUGCCCCCAUUACAAGACCUUCUACACCCACCUGGGAUAUUGAUGCCUGAUGAAAACCUAAGGGUCGAAACGUUGUUAUAAAUAAAUAUUACCUGGGAGCAUGAGCAGCAGUGAGCAGCGUUUUCCUUUCUGUUUUUCACGAGUUUGUCUACAACUCCAGCACCUGCUGAAAGUACCUGGAUGUGCGCAUGUUCUUCAACUUUUGGACUUUAAAACAGGGAAAGAGUUUAAUGGCUGUGAUAGGAGAAAACAGAGGAUGGAUCAACAAUAUUGUAGUUACUAAACAAAACUAACCUAAAUGACAGAGUGAAAAGAAGGAAGCCUGUACAGAAUACACAUAUUCUAAAAUAUGCAUCCUGAUUGUAAUAAAGCACUAAAAUAAAACUGCCAAAAAUUGUGGCAGCAUUGUU